AACUGUGCCUCUAUACUUAUCUAUAUUCUUUGGUAUGGAUGUCAUUCUCACCACUUGCAUUACUUUUUCAAGUCAUUUUGUAUGUUAGCAGUCUAGUGUUAUAUAGAAGUCUGUGACCAGAACACAAACUUAACACCAGCUUAACACCGAACAGACCUGAGGUGUCCAACAGAGACAAACAUUCAUCGGAGAAAUUGAAGAAAAAGAAUAAUUCGUACCGUCAUUCGUAUUUUUCUUCAUGAUGCCGAUUAAACAGACGCUGACGUGUUCCUCGAACCACAAAUGAUUUCUACGAUGAACCAACAUCGAGAAGUAAAACAUUUUAGUUGCCUCAGAAAGCGUCUUAACCUAUCUUCAUCUUUGUCUAUUUGUAAAAAAUUCUCAGUAUUAUACACAAAACAUGAUGUCCAAUGGCAUUUGGAGCCCAACUAAGCAAAUCGAGAAUAGCUCUAUGGCGAAUAAUGUGCAUCACCCAACAUCGUCAGCUUUGAAUCCACUUAUGAAGUUGUCCUCCUAUUUUCUGGCAGUUCGACCAUGGUCACUCAGUGCAUCCCUAAUGCCAACGCUUCUUGGAUCUGCACUUGCGUAUCGACUUACAGGUCUAGCAAGUUUCAGUUGGAUAACACUGAUCCUUAUCGUACUCAUUGUACUUUGUGUACACGGUGCUGGUAACGUAGUGAACACCUAUUUCGACUAUGUGAAGGGUGUCGACAGCCGAAAAAGCGAUGACAGAAUACUGGUGGAUCAUCUAUUAUCCAAGGACGAGGUGGUCUCGUUGGGAGUUUUUUUAUAUACAACCGGUUGCAUGGGAUUUGUCCUAUUGACGUUAGUCUCCCCCGCGAAGAUGGAACAUCUGGCACUUGUGUACUUCGGAGGCUUGUCCUCCUCCUUUCUCUACACAGGAGGCAUAGGAUUGAAAUACAUCGCUCUGGGCGAUGUACUUAUUUUAGUUAUAUUCGGUCCAAUCUCGGUUCUAUUUGCGUUCAUGGCGCAGACCGGUCACGUUGAACUAGGGACGAUUUAUUAUGCUAUUCCGCUCGCGUUGAACACCGAAGCUAUUUUACACAGCAACAACACGAGGGAUAUGGACAGCGACAGAAAGGCGGGGAUUGUGACACUAGCGAUUUUGAUAGGCCACACCGCGUCCCACGUUUUAUAUGCGUUUCUACUGUUUACACCAUAUAUAAUUCUUAUAGUAUUGGCAUUAAGAUAUUCAGUAUGGUUUUUACUGCCGGUUAUCACUCUGCCGACCGCCUUUAAGAUAGAAAAGGAAUUCCGAAAUCCACAUAAAAUUCAAAAUGUGCCUAAACGAACAGCCAGAUUAAAUAUGUUUUUAGGUAUUUUGUAUGUUAUCGGUUGCCUGCUUGUGAGCUCACUUCCUUAUCCAUAAUAAAUAUAUUUAUAAAGUUUAGACAUUAA